GGCGAAUCCAUUACCACAGAGAGGGCGGAGAGCGAGAGAGAGCGAGAGACGCGUCCGUCGGAGAAGGCUUCGGGUCGCAUGACAUCCGUACCGAUCAGACACUCCGGUCAAUCUCCGUCGUCCACUUCUCGUCCUGUCCCCGUCCGCCUUCUUCCGUCACCGUCCGAGGUCCUCCGUCCUCCCCUUCUCUCCCCUCUGUUCUGCCGCUGCAGCCGCUGACUCCGAGAGGGGACACAGAGAGGCGGAGAGUGAGAGAGAGGAGUUUGACGUUGACAGGAAGAGCAUGUAAGGGGUGGUGCCUGAGACAACUGCUUUCUGAUUGUUGCUCUCUCCUUGGGAAUUCUGGCAAUGCCGCUCGUUUCUUGGCCGCCAGAUCCGCGGGCGAUUUGAAGCUCCUGCCCCUUGUAUGGACGUGGACGUCCCGGGAUUGACUUUCUCAAUCUCAGACGGCGGCUUCUCAUAGAAGCAUGUACGCUUACAGCAGGUUAGGGGGCGGAGCUGCUGCAGCCGCGGCCGCUGCCGCGGCAACCGGGGGCGGGAAACCGACGUCGCCGCGCCGGUCUCCUAGGGCGAAGUACGGGAGGAGCAAAUUUGCUGGUCGGAACUCGGGGUUUGAGUCGCCGGCAAAGCUGCAAAGGGUGGCGGAGCGGCUGGCCUACUUGCUUCUUUCCUUGGUGUUUAGGAGGCACGGAGUGCUGCUCUUUGCCCCCCUUAUCUAUCUCUCCGGGAUGCUGCUGUACAUGGGCACGCUGCCGAUCGAGAUCCCCCGCGUCGUCCACCGGCCGCCUCCCGGGUCGACCUACCGGAGCCCCCAGGUCUUCGAGAAGCUCUGGCCUCAUAUGCAGGCCGACCGUUCCCAGAUGAACGCCUUGACGGCGGCAUGGCACACAAGGGGAGGUCAAACAUGGAAACCUUGUAUUGACCAGAAGACGUCCAUAGAAGAAGUUCCUGCUUCAAAUGGUUACCUCAUUAUUGAAGCAAAUGGUGGUCUAAAUCAGCAACGUAUAUCGAUUUGUGAUGCAGUAGCAGUUGCGGGCCUGCUAAAUGCUACCCUUGUUAUCCCGACAUUUCAUUUAAAUAGUGUCUGGCGUGAUUCAAGCAAGUUUGGCGAUAUUUUUGAUGAGGAGCACUUCAUUGAAGUCCUCAAGAAUGAGGUGAAAGUGGUGAAAGAGCUCCCAGAGGACGUUCUUCAGAAAUUUGACAAUAAUAUUAGCAACAUCACAAAUUUGAGGGUGAAGGCAUGGUCAACGGCUAACCACUAUUUGGAGAAGGUCCUCCCAAAGUUGCUUAAACUUGGUGCUGUACGCAUUGCACCAUUUUCAAAUCGUUUGGCAAAUGAAGUUCCUGAACACAUCCAAUAUCUGAGAUGCUUAACCAAUUUCAAAGCAUUGAGAUUUUCUGAGCCAAUAAGAUUACUUGCAGACAGUAUGUUUAAUCGCAUGGUUCAGAAGAGCUCCUUGAGCAAUGGAAAGUAUGUUUCCAUCCAUCUUCGGUUUGAAGAGGAUAUGGUAGCAUUUUCAUGCUGUAUUUAUGAUGGUGGCGAGGAAGAAAAGCGUGAAAUGGAUAAAGCACGUGAAAGAGGAUGGAGAGGGAAGUUCAGCAAAACUGGUCGAAUAAUUAGACCUGGAGCUAUACGGAUGGAUGGAAAGUGUCCUUUGACACCACUGGAGGUAGGAAUGAUGCUCAGAGGGAUGGGUUUUGACAAUGGAACUCAUGUUUAUGUUGCUGCUGGGAAAAUUUACAAGGCAGAGAAAUAUAUGGCUCCACUUCAGCAAAUGUUCCCUUUUCUAGAAACGAAGGAGUCCCUAGCAUCAGAAGAUGAACUUGCUUCGUUCAAGGGCCACUCUUCAAGGCUAGCUGCACUUGACUAUACUGUGUGCCUUCACAGCGAAGUUUUCGUGACAACCCAAGGUGGCAACUUCCCUCAUUUUUUGAUGGGUCACAGGCGUUACCUGUAUGAGGGCCAUGCAAAGACAAUUAAGCCAGACAAAAGGAAACUAGCACUCAUGUUUGACAACCCAAGGAUCAGAUGGGAUUAUUUCAAGAAGAACAUGCAUUCAAUGCUUCACCACAGCGAUACAAAGGGAGUUGAGAUUAGAAAGCCCAAUAGUUCUCUAUAUACCUUUCCAACGCCAGACUGCAUGUGCCGUUCAGCAAUAAUCAACAAAAAUACGUCUGCAGCUGAUGAUCAUUAGUUCAUAUUCAGAGUGUUCUGCUCUUCCUGUGGUAAAUUUUGUAUAAGAAAAUAUUUAUUGCAAAAUUCAUUAACAGAGUUCAAGAAUUGCCGUCUAGGUUUUUGACUGUAGAGUUCAAUUGUCUCAGUUGCCUAUGUAGUACAAGGGAUGAUAUGAGACGCGGCAUCAUUUUGUAUAUUGUAACAUUAUUAAUUUAUAAAAUGAAAUUCUUUCUUA